ACACACACACACACACACACACACACACACACACACACACACACACACACACACACACACACACACACACACACACACACACACACACGCCGCAACCCAGACAGCCCACUCCACUUUUCAGACGCCCACCUCCUCAUACUCCCCUCCCCUAAACAGACUUCCACCCACUCACCAUCUGUAGCCUCCCUUCCGCCCCCCCGCCCCGCCUGCCCGGCCGGCUCCCCCUCCCCAAGAAGCAGACCUGCACAGUGGGAGGCAGGGACCCCGCCAGACGCUCGGGUCGAGCGCGCAGGACUGACCUCUGCCCGCCCGGGAAACUAACAAAGGCGGUGCGCUAGCCCAGACCCCAAGAGCCGCGAGCGGCGGCUGCGGGGCGGGCGAGCCUGGGCCGGGCCGGGCGAGCGCCGGGCGGGGGCUGCUCCGGAGUCGGGAGCGGCGGCGCCGGAGGACGCAGAUCUCUCCCCGCGCGCGCCGCUCGGACGCAGCCGGCACCAUGGGCUGCUGCACCGGGCGCUGCUCGCUCAUCUGUCUCUGCGCGCUGCAGCUGCUCUCAGCAUUGGAGAGGCAAAUCUUUGACUUCCUUGGCUUCCAGUGGGCACCAAUUCUUGGAAAUUUUCUACAUAUAAUAGUCGUCAUAUUGGGUUUGUUUGGAACCAUUCAGUACAGACCUCGAUAUAUUGUGGUGUACACAGUAUGGACUGCCCUCUGGGUCACCUGGAAUGUGUUCAUUAUCUGCUUUUAUUUGGAAGUAGGUGGACUCUCUAAGGAUACAGAUCUGAUGACGUUCAACAUUUCUGUACACCGGUCAUGGUGGCGGGAACAUGGGCCUGGUUGUGUCCGAAGAGUGCUGCCUCCGUCAGCCCAUGGCAUGAUGGACGACUACACUUAUGUCUCUGUCACAGGCUGCAUUGUUGACUUCCAGUAUCUAGAGGUCAUCCACAGUGCUGUCCAGAUACUCCUCUCUUUGGUUGGUUUUGUGUAUGCCUGUUAUGUGAUCAGUAUUUUCAUGGAAGAAGAAGACACCUUUGAUUUCAUAGGCGGACUUGAUGCACACUCCUACUACCAGGAUCAUGUUGAGUUAAAGCCUGUUAACCUGCAGGCUCUACAGUCAGCGCCCACCUGUACCUUCACUGCCUCUCAUGUCCAAGCCCAGAGGAAAUUGGCCUCUGAUGACUGCCUGCUGGACAGAGCGGAGGUGGUCGCACCCACCUGCUCUUCCCUGAGAAAAGCUGCUUUGGAUCCAUAUCCCUGUCGAAAUAAGUAAUGACGCUGACUCUGAAACAUGGCUGCUGAACUUGACUUAGGAAGCCAAGCACCACUGAGAGCACCUCUCCGCAUUGACACGUCUCACCUCCUCCCAGAGGAUGGACUACGCCUCCCUACUUCCCCACGAGUCACUGAGUUCUUUUGUCACAGUCUGUAAUAUUAGCAUUGUGCGCUAGAUGAGUUGUAGGUGAAUGGGUGGGUAUUUUUUAAGUCAUCUUCUUCUUAUAUGAAUACUUGUAAGUUAUUUAAAAAACUGUUUUUUCAUCUUUUUAACAAUAUUUGGUGUGGGGCAUGCAAAAAGAAAAAAUUUCAUGAAAACCUUCUACAGUCUAUUCUAAAAGAAAUACUGGUUUUUGUAUCGAGGUGUUCAGUCAAUGUUGCUGAUGACUGCAGUUAUCUUAUGCCCAAUGGAGUUUGCAUUAACAGACAUUACGGGGGCUACACAACAUGAAGUUAGAUGCUGUGAGAGCUGAUAAAUGGGUACGAACAGUGGAUCUGGCUUUCAGACUGACCAUGGGUCAUUUUUUCAACACCACAAGACAAAACAUGAUGUCCUUCUUUGUUCUCAACUUUCCAGAAUGCAGAAUAACAUUAUGUCAGUCUAAAAUUUUCAGAUUCAUGCAUGUUAUCUUGUUCUUCCUGUGUUCUGGAAAUUACAUGGGGGUAUGGAAGGGUAACAUGAUUAGUAGAAUACCUUUCCUCCUUUGGAGGGUAUAUGGGUAUCUCUGAUGUUCAUAUUUUCUAUUCUUUAUCCCAGUUCUGACAUUGGUGUCAGACCAAAACAUAGAGCUUGUAGGCUUGGGAGACAGAAAUCACAACCAUAAAUCUGCAAUCAGGAAUGUUGCUCUCAAGAUAUUCAAAAGGAGCUUUAAAAAUGGUAUGGAAUUCUCUAUAAAGGCUUCUUCAAAAGAUAUUUAUAUUUGUUCUACAUCAAUUUUUCUUUCUCCUACCCCAUCCCAAUAACUAAAAAAGCAAUAUGGGAAACAUAAUUUUCUAUAGAAAAAAAGGACUGUUUUGAAGGCACAUCACAGUUUUUUCCUUUUGUAUCUUUCAGUUACUAUCUCCCAUAUCAAAGUAAGUUUUGCUCACUUUGUAUAACAACCAACAUGAGGCCACCCAUAAGCCACAAAAUUGUGUACAUGUGUACUAUUCAAUCUAAAAGUUGUUAACUUAGCCCAUACAUCUCUAAGAAGUCAAUCUAUAAACCAUCUAAAAUCACAUGCAAAUUUUUGUAUGUGAAGAGAGGUUCUUUUUUAUCUGUCUUGUUGGAGUCCAUAUAUUUUAUGAGACUCUGUUAAGAAUCAGAACUAAUACAAAAAAAUCUACCCUGGUUCCUCCCAGUUCAUGACAACCACUGUGGCAUUUUAGAGGCCCAUUUUAGUCACUAGCCUUUGGAUUGUGCCCCUUCAGUCAGGCAAGGCACACUGAGUCCCAUCAUUUUUCAUUCUACUGAAUAAACCCAAAUUCAAAGUGAAGAGGAGUUCACAGGGACCUUGGAGAUGAUCAAAUCCAAGCUGCCAUUGCACAGUGGAGUGAUCUGAAGCCUAGGGGAUUUGGUGGCCUUGUCCAGAGUCCUGCGUGUAUACAGAAGGGCAAGAGCUAUGGCCAAAGGAAGGGGAAUUGGAGGGCAAAAGGUAGCAUUUGGGUUCCAGGCCCACCACUGUGGCCUUGGACAGUGCUGGACAUCUUGGCCUUGGAAGUUUCCUCAUCUGCAUGGUAGAACUAUAAUCCCUACCUCUUAAGGGUGAGGUGAGAAUCAGAUAGAGUGUAAAAAGUAUCCUGUAAACUGUGAAGCACUCCACAUUUGAAAGAGGCAGUUAUUAUUGUAAUAGCCAGAAAAAGUUGGACCCUGUCUGGAGCUCUUGCUAUAUAGCCACGUGCUAUGAAAACACCAAACUCUUCGAAGUUUUCUAAAAAGUAGCUUGAAAAUAUUGCCAUGUUUAAACAGUUAGAAAUCCUGAAGAUGAAAAAUUGCAUUUCCUAAUUAAAAAAUAACUUUUGUAUUUCAAGAUUAAUACAUAUGAUUAUUAUGGAUAAAGCUAAGAGAUUAUUGGAGACAUAGAAUGUCAGUAAGACAGGAGAAUAAAAUUAACACAUGAGUAUUUUAAACUGUCAUUUCAUUGCCCAUCCCUCCCCCCCCGACAAACAAAACACAGUUAACAUUUCACAAAAAAGCACCAUACUUUUAUUGCUGUUCUAGCUUCAUGUGUGUACAUACUGGUAAGAUGCCCUGGAGAGUCCUACACCUUGUGUCACGGCAGGUGACAGAUUUGAGGAGGAAAUCCUUACACUAGUGAUUUUUCUAUGGAUUUUCAAUAUAGGUAACCACUUAAUAUGGUAUCCCAGCAAUCUGUAAUGACAAUGCUAAAGUUCCAGAGAAUUUACCUCUCAUCAGAGACAGGUUAGAUCGAUCUCCUCUCCUCCCCACUUUGCUUCUCCCUACCUCUCCUCUCCUGGCUGCUCCAUAGAGGUUCUGCUUCCCUACAACAAAGGGAUGAAAAGAAGUGCUGAGCUUUGCAGUAACGCUCAGCAGUCAUUCUUGAUCUGGGUCUUUCUAUUCAGAGCUGUCACGGUCGCUGCUCCUUGGGAGUGAGUGCCUCCAGUUCUUAGAAUUCUUGCCUCCUGUUUUAGGAAAUCCAUCCAGCACUGCACAUUAUGCAGUGGGGCUUUCAACAAACGUGUUUGCUAUGUCUCCAUUUGGGCCAAAUUUUGGCUUCUCCAUAUGCAAUGUGUGUCUGAGCGGAGUAAGGGAAAAAUGAAUAUUCUCUGAGCCUGCACUCAUUUGCCAGAAUCUCGGCAUCCUGAGACAGGGUGCAGCCCCAGGUUCAAGAGUCCUCCUCAGAAGUGGUCCUGGUAAAACUGAAAAUAGGACGCCCACUGCCCAAGAGCCCCUGGCGCUGACUGGAAUGCAGAAGGGGAGAGUUAAAAACCAACGUUUUUUUCCCUCUUUGAACCACUUUGGCAUUGUGUCUUAUAAAACCUCGAUGAACCCUUCCCCAUCUUCUAUCUUGUGUGGACAACGACUUAUCCUUUCUUAAGUGUCUUCUGCUGACUUUGUGUGGAGUCACAGACAGCUGGGAUGAUUUCCAGUCUACCUUCUUUCUUUCUUUCCUCUUCCAGUCAUAUUUCAUGACUGCAAAAGUUGAGCAAGGGAGUUACAUGGCGUGGGAGGCUGUUACAGAAUUCCCAGGAGACAGAAUAUAUCUUUGAGUAUAGAACAGUCUACAUCAGAGAAAUCUCAAACAUCUCUUAGGAAGAGCUCUAAGCUAAUACAUCUCCAGGUAUCUUAAGACUUUCAUCUGCUAUAUAACAUGAGGGUAUGUAUCCCUGAAGCAAAAACAUGUUCAUACCACUCAAAAACUGAGAGGCUUUUGACUUACUUGUUUUGAAGAUAACUUGACAUCUUGCCCUAGCAAAAUAUUGACUUCUUUCUUUUUUUCCUUCAGAAAAAUAAGCCCUGCUAUUUCCUAUAGACCUAACUGAGGAAGGUAGCCACCUUCGAGAGGCUGGGAUCUAACAAAAUAUAGCAAGGCUGCCAUUUGUCUCACUUAAUGAAUGGGACACUCAUGAUUGAGAGAAAUUUGUGUUCACUAGAACCAACUAAAAUGUGUGUUGCAAAGCUGAGGAAAACCAUCAUGACGCUGCUAAAUUGAGAAGCAAAUAAAAAACAAAAUUGUUUUUUUCAAUCCUUGUAAAUUAGAAAGGAAUCUUGCCAAAAAUAAGCAUCUUCAUUUUAGACAUAAUUUAAAAAUUUAUACUAUCUCAAAAAUACUAUCCCCAAAAACAAACAUCUUCAUUUUAGACCUAAUUUAAAAAUUUAUACUAUCCCAAAAUUUAUACUGUCCCAUAGUGGACUCACUAUGGAGUGAAUAUUCUGGCUUAUUAUUUCUGAGUUACUUGAGUAUGUAACUAGGAGAAUUUCUGCAGUUGAUUAGAAUUCAAAUGUUCUAACUUGACAUUUUAGCUCAAGGUAGUAGCUGCUUUCAGAAUAUAACUGAAUUAAGGAGGAAAAAAUAAAAACAAUUGAUCUUUUUAAAAUUAGAAACCUUGAAUGUCCAUUUUUCUUGUUUCCUUCCCAUUUAAGAGUCAUCUGUAACCUUUGCUGGAUAGGUUUGUGAAAGUGUCUGUGAAUCCUGUUCAAAUAUUCGUGAUAAACAGGCCCACAACCUAAGGACAUUAUGUCCAAAAGUAGAACUGAAAAAAGAAAUCAUUGCUCAUAUAACUGCAUAGUGUGCAAUGCAGAAAGGGAGCAGGCAUAUUUUAAUUAUUAGAAGAUAUAUUCAUUAAGAAAGAAUUCUCCAAAAAACAAAAUUCUCAAGAAUUUCAAAAUUUGUGGGUAGCUUCUCUCUUUUUAUCCUAAAGAAACAAUUUCUUUACUGAGGGAAAAGGGGGAAAAAGCCAUUUCUAGAAGGUGGAUAAACUUUCUUAACUAUAAUAUUUCUAGAAAAAUUUGGUGUCAGAUGAAAAAAAUGAAUCAUCUUCCUUGGACCUGCAAGCAUAUUAAAAGGCAAGAAUCAUGUUAAAUGCUAAACAUUUCAAAAAUAUGAAAUAUUCAAAGAAUCUAAAAUAGGCUCUGAUUUAAACUUGAGAGCUAAAUUAAGAAGAAAAAGAAAUGAGGUAGGAAAGAGAAGAGGGAGGGAGUAAAGGGGGAAAGAAAGAGAAAGAAAGGGAGGGAGAAAGGAAAGAAGGAAGAAUCCAAAAUUGAAAGUCUACCUAAUUUGGAUUGGGACAUGUCAGUCUUUCACUCAGAGUUGUGUUUGUUUCUUUGAGUGACUAAAACAGUGAACUAUUUUCCAUCGAGGGCAUGCUUUUUCUUUCCUCUCCAGAGUUAGGUUUAAAAAAAAAAAACAAACCAGUUUGAAGAAACUAAUGAUCUAUCUAGUUAUUCUCAUAGAACUUGCUUUGGCAGAAGACCUUGUCAGUCUAUAAUAGUUCAGAUUAUAUUUACCUACAGGUGAGAAAGAGAGAGAAAGAAAGAAAGAAGAAAGAAAGAAAGAAAGAAAGAAAGAAAGAAAGAAAGAAAGAAAGAAAGAAAGAAAGAAAGAA